CUAAAUAAGGCGGAGGCAUUGUCAUCAUCAUCCCGGCCCGGCUGUCCUGGUUGUUUUUCCCCUCUCGUCGCUUCUUGGGACCCGAUUUUUAACGAUGUCGUACGGCCCGUUAGAAACUUACCGGCCCGGGGAGGUCCCGGUGCCGCCCCGGGACUUCAGCAGCAUAAUCCAGACCUGCAGCGCCAAUGUACAGCGCCUGACACAAUGCACUUCUCAAAUAAAGAAUUUGAUGAACCAACUGGGAACCAAGCAGGACUCCAGCAAGCUGCAGGAAAACUUGCAACAGUUGCAGCACACCGCAAACCAGCUUGCCAAGGAGACCAAUGAAUACCUGAAGGAAUUGGGCUCCCUGCCACUCCCCUUAUCUGCACUAGAACAGCGCCAGCAGAAACUUCAUAAGGAGCGUUUAAUGAGCGACUUUUCUGCAGCCUUAAAUAAUUUUCAAGCAGUGCAGAGAAGAGUGUCCGAGAAGGAGAAAGAAACUGUUGCCCGGGCAAGAGCUGGUUCGCGUCUCUCUGCAGAGGAAAGGAACAAGGAGGAGCAGUUGGUCUCAUUUGACAGCAAUGAAGAAUGGAAUCAGAUGCAGUCUCAAGAAGAGGAUGCGAUAACAGAGCAAGACCUUGAACUAAUUAAGGAAAGAGAAACGGCUAUCAGGCAACUAGAGGCAGAUAUCCUAGAUGUGAAUCAGAUUUUUAAAGAUCUGGCUAUGAUGAUCCACGAUCAAGGAGACAUGAUUGAUAGCAUAGAAUCAAGUAUAGAAAAUGCAGAGGUACAUGUGGAGAGCGCGAAUGAACAGCUACAGAGAGCUUCAUAUUAUCAGAAAAAAUCUCGCAAGAAGAUAUGCAUCCUGAUUCUUGGCCUCACUGUGGCUUUGGGAAUCCUGGCUUUAGUCAUCUGGCUGGCACAGAAAUGAAGUCCUUGAGUGGAACUCGAUUAACUGCAGAGUUGUUGGGUAUUUUUCCCCCAACACGCGGGAAAAUGAGCAGACAUGCCUGUGAAACAAAGUGAUCUAGAUGAGAAGGCGCACCAGUUUUCCUCUUGUUAUUCCAUAUAGAAACUAACAUGAAGAUAAAUAGUUCUUGGACUUGGUGAACUCUAAUGACAGUAUUUAUCAGUUUGUGUAAAAUUAAUUUAUGUAAUUAAACUGAUAUUGUGCAUUUUUUGUUUUCUGUACUAUAUAUACUACUGCAGUCUCGAAUGUAAAGUGUUGAAGAGUCUAUGACCUUGUUUAAAUGAUAUGUGCAGAUUUAACUUUUUAAAAUCUGUACUUCUUUUAUAGGUGAUUUCCAUAUGGACAGCUUCCAACAAGGACAAAUUUUCACUUAUCCAGCAAUUUUAAGUGUUUCACUUAUUAGAUGUAAUGGGGAGAGCCACUAAAGGUGUGUGGGCACUGACAGGUUUCUUUUAAAAAGCAGCUUCUCCAUCCCAUCGCUGACUGCUUUUGAAACUUCACAUUUUAAAAGCAGCAUAUUACGCAGCAUUGUGAACUUGUACUUAAGGGGAGGGAGAGACAAACCUCACAUGACACAUAAAUUAAGCAUAUCAUUGUUGUGUAAGUGUUGGAUUUUAAAUUGUCAAGGGAAAAGGCCUCCCUCCAUCUUUUAAAUGGCACAGUGAAGAACAUUGAGGCCACCAGGGUUUGAAGCCAGGAAUAUAUUUGUUACCUGACUAUAGCUGAGCCUAGAGAUAACUUAUACCUUUUAUCGGGUUAACUGAUUUUCUCCCUGUGCCAUGUUUGUGGUGACAUCGAAUCGUUUGCACAGUGUGUUCAAACGUCCUGUUUCCUAGUGAAGCUGUAGUUGUUAGCACUCUAGUCUGUUCCCAAUGUAUACCUUACACACAUACACGCACCCACACUCUAUAAAUAAUUUGCCGUCACUUCCUUGAAAUGGUUUGGAACAAAUACUACAGCAGGUAGAAAUAAAGCCCUGUGCCUACAAUGGCUUAAAAAACAGGUAACAUAGAAAGGGGGUUGUGCAUUUUGUGAUUCACUCUUACCAAAUAUCUGUCUUCAGAAAGAAAGUUUCUGACUGACGUACAUCAUAGCAUAUUUGGCUGACAACACUGAUUGCCUGUCUGGGUUGUGAAAGUUUGUCUGAACUGAUGUUUUGGAGGAAUUGUUAAAUAGAGCACUUUCAGUCUAGUCCUACUUUUAAAAGUAACUGACAAAAAAGAGAAGUACAAAUUGCUGAGGUCCUAUAUUCUACAAGCUGCUGGCUUCCUUGUAUUGGCCCACACAUUCAUUUUUGUUCAUGUUUCCCCUUAUGUAAAUUACUAAACUGUGAAAGUUUGUUGGGAGAAGAAUGUCGCCUUCAGUUGCACAUCUUUCUUUGCACUAUGACUCCCAUCAUUCCACCCCUUAACUAUCAAUAAACAUUUUUAAAGGUA